AUGUCUAGUAAAGCGACUUUAGCCUUACUCAUCUAUGGAAUCAUAAUGCAUUACAGCGUCUACUGCUCACCUGUGGGGCUUAGCUUUCCAAGUGUUAGACUUGACAGUGAGGUUUACGAUGAGGAUGGAAACUCCUUACCAUCCCUGGAUUAUGACAGAGACCAAAUGGAUGUGAGAAGCCCUGCGUCUGUCGCUGACGACGUCUAUAGUUUGUACUAUCCACCAGAGAAAAGAACGGAAAGGCAUGCAGACGGCAUGUUUAAUAAAGCCUACAGGAAAGCGCUGGGUCAGUUAUCAGCAAGGAAAUAUCUUCAUUCUCUGAUGGCAAAACGUGUAGGCGGGGGGAAAACGUUGGAUGACAGCUCAGAGCCUCUGUCCAAGCGACACUCAGAUGGGAUCUUCACAGACAGCUACAGCCGCUACCGAAAGCAAAUGGCGGUCAAGAAAUACCUGGCAGCGGUCCUUGGGAAAAGGUAUAGACAGAGAAUUAGAAACAAAGGACGCCGGCUGGCAUAUUUGUAG